CUAUUGUUAGUUUCAAUUUCGCAUGGCCGACGAGAUUUAUACACCUGAAAAUUUUUGAGUUAAUCUACAAUUUCUAAGGCAAAUUCAGUAUGGCUUUUGUGAAAAUCGAAAAUUAUAGUUCCAAGAGAGUGACAUCGGUUGUGUAUACUGUUUAAAACACCAAAAUUUAAUUGAAUAUUCGUUUAGUGUUUGUUACAAGAGAUUCGCGUAGCUUACGGAGCCAUAUUUAUGGAAUGCAUAAAGAACUGUCAAAAAUAAUCCAUUUUCAUCAAUGAGAAAUGGGAUGGCCAAACGACUAAAAAUAUCUUUGUACAAGCAUGGAUCCAGUGGGGCCAUGGUCUGCUUAUGCUUCUUACAAUAGACUAGCAGGAGUGCAGGCUACUUCAACCUCAGGAGAACUCCAUCAUCAUUCUAGUGGUGCCCCCCCUACAACAACAGCCCAACUUCUUACCGCUGGUGGAUUUUUAUCACCUCCUCCGGUUGGAUAUGAAACAGUGUUCAGCCCCCUCUUUCAUCAUGCCUCUGGUGCAAAACCGUCCCACUAUGUGACUCCAGUUACACAGCAUCGAGCACAGGCUUUGGUGCAGGCGCAAACUGCUGUCACAUCAAAACCGAACACCGAUGGAGAGUACCAUCAAACUCAAGCCUUCUUCGAACAAGGUGGUUCUGCAGCAUGGCAACAAAACAGUCCUUUCGGAAUCCUACCACAUGAGAGUGUCGUUGCCACAACGACGAGCAAAACGGCGCCUUACGAGAAUUUCAACCCACAUUUUGCCGCUCAAAGUCUGAACCACUUGAAUUCUCAAAUACCCGGUGGUAAUAACAAGACUACAUCGAGAGCUCAAAGUCCUCAAGUUUCUACCGCAACUUCUAAAGCUAAUGUUUCCCAAUCAAACUCUUCCACUUUCUACCAAGUGCCUGUUACAUAUUCAGGUGGUUCUGAGAGUGCACCCAAUAACAAAUCAUUCACAACCAAUUCGAAUCUGCAACAGUCUUGCAUAGUUUCCUCCACCCCGACUGCGACAGUAUCGAAGGAAUAUCGGGUACCGCAGGCUCCAACUAGGGCUUAUCUGAGUUCACCUAAUCCCCCGUCGAGACAAAUUGAAAAAACUUUCCCUAAUAAGCAGAAUUCGACACCGGUGCAGGCUAAAAGUCAGGCUCAGAACGAAAGACAGAGAAACAAUGAAGAACAGAGCCAAUCCUCCCCGAUCAGUUUUUCAAUCAUAGAUUCUGGUCAAAACCGAGUUAAUUAUUCGGGAAACAAUGCUUCAGCUAAGAGGCCACCGCAGUUUCCCCAACACGCUAACUACAGACAUUACCAGCAGCAGAACACCAACUCGGAGCAGGAGUUUCAAAGACCCAAAAGUGGGUCAGAUUACAACAAUUCAAACGGUCCGGAUUGCAAUGUUGUCGUACCAAGGAGGCCCAGUCCCCAUCAGGCUCACUCCCAAGCGUCCCCCCUAGGUCAUGCUCAGAGCCCUGCAUAUCCUAUGUAUAAUAGCCCCAUGAGUUCCAUAUCCUCACCUCAGCAGAAUUCGAGUAACCAAGUUGCCCCACCGUCACCCUUAGACGUUUCAGUGCCACGUCCAAACUCGCAAAAUAACAACGUUGCCUACCCAUCUGUCAUCACCAGAGCUUUAAACACGGAUAAAACGUACCCGGAGAGAUUCGAUCGGACCAACCAACCCCAGCAGGCCAAUCAGAAUCAGAACUGUUGGGACGAAAGACAGAACCGUAAAUUUCCCAACAACCAAUACGCAAACUCCACCAAUAAUGUAGACAUCUCCGUUAGGACCGAACAACCUCAGCAAAGGACAGUCGGUUUGAAUAUAAGCGAAAGGCAGCAAGCUUACUUUGAUACUGCCAGCGGUCACACGGUCACCCUUCAAGAUUUGUCGAGUUGUCGUGGAGAUCCGAUGAGUUUGGUUAAGAAUUUGCAGCAGCAGAGUUGUCAGGUGCCGCAGACGGAGAUAAAACAGGAAAUUGUUAAGCAACCGGCUAAAAGAAGAAAAAGUAACGAGAAGGCUGCUGUUCCAGCUCCAGUGGUGGUUAACGAGGCUCCAGGCAGAAUACCGCCCCCUGCGCACAGUUCGGGGGGCAACCAGCAACAGCAAAACGGCGCCUACUUCGAUUUCGACCGAUGGAAUUUGGCGCCGCCCACGGCGAAACUCUUCGGCGCCCAGGCGAUCCACCAGCAACAUCAAGGUCUCAUGGUGCCCCAUCCGCAUGGCCAUCACCCCCCUCCAUUGCCCUACUUCGCCCCCUUUCACCUUGCUCCGCCACCUCAAGAGUUUCAGACGGCUGUUGAGAUAGCCCCCGCCGGCUCUUACGGGGAGCAAUCUCCCCAACCAUCGACCUCCCAAUUUGUACAGCAAGAGGACCAGCCGAAGGUGGUCGUUCCUAACAUCGAAGAAGAACUUAAUUUCCUGUCGGAAGGUCCGCCAGUUAAGCAGGCGUCGAACGCGCCUUACAAACCGGUGCCGCCCGCAACGAAGCCCCUGGAUAAGCCUUCGGGCCCGGGCGCGGGUUUCAUGAGUAGCUACUUAAAAUUCCUGCAGGGGGAAAGGGAUUCCUCCCCGCCUCCCGCCUCGAGGACGGGGCGUAAACAAACGUGGUCCCGCCCCAGUCCCACCUCCAAGCCUAUAAGUCAAGAAGAGGCGAAACCGGAUAGCAACGGCGUUCCUUCUCAACCCCUCGUCAUAGCCCCGCCCCCAACGCCCGUCGUCACGCGUUUAUCUACUCAGGGCGAUCCUCAGGACGAUCCUCGCUACUUCCCCCUGCCGAAGGAGCGGAAACGCGACAGUUUCGACAGUUCCGACGACGGUUUCAGUUCGGAGGACGAUUUUUUCCCCAAGGUCAAGCCGCAGACGCAGGAGAAGAAGACUGUUAUCAAGGAGAAGCCGAAAGUGAUCAAGGAGCCGAAGGAGAAGAAACCGAAGAUGUCUGCCGAGGCGAAGGAGUCGCGGAAACUGCAGAAGCAACAAGAGGCCUUAAUGAGAAAGCAGGAGAAGUUGAAGUUGAAAGAGGAGAAACAGAAGGAGAAGAAGUUGAAGGCUAUGCAAAAAAAAUUGAAUGCCAGUGCUAACGUUCCCCGUAGAGAGUCCACUAAAAGGGCAGCUAAAGAAAGAAAGAAGAGUGAAUCGGCUAGUAAAGAAGACGAAAUGGAGGAACCGCCAGAAUUCCAAGAUUCAGAUUCAGACCCAGCUUGGACGCCGAAAGUGAAAGAUGAUGCCGACGACGAUGUGCUGGCAAAAUCUAAAAAGAAAGGAUCCGUUAAAAGGGGUAAGACGAAAAAUUUGAUCACUGCUGCUGCUGAAGGGGCUGGCAUCAAAGAAUAUGAUGGCUACUCCAGUGAUGGCAUAUCACCAAAUUCUAAAAAAAUCAAACUAGGUUCUAAGAACAAACAAGCUGGCCCUCCAACUUUAGAAGAUAACAUAGCCGCUUCUCUUCAAAAUAGGAGUAUAUCAUUGAACGAUGAUAAUCCAUUUAAGCCAGGUGAAUUUGUCGUCAUCAAAGCCGAUCUGAAACAAGAAUGGCCCCCCAUAUGGAGAGUGGAUGGUAAAACUUUAUUACAGAAAUAUGAGCCUUUUGAGCAAGAUGGAAGUACACUAUAUAGGAAUAUAUCCACGUAUACAUCUUGGUCCCCAGAUAGUAAGAAGCAAUACAUGUCAGUGCCAGUUAAGUUUAAGUCGCAAAGUCAACUUGAAAUUAUUGUUGAGUUUCUCAAGAACGAAAUAACCAUAAUCGACCACGAGUACCAGGAGAAGUGCAUGAAAUUGAGUGAGGUGUAUCAGGACAAUUUCGAAGUUUAUAUACAGACGUUAAUAUCGCAAGCCUUGGAUAAUAAUUUUUUGACGGAAAUUUUUCAAGAGCAAGACGAUUAUUUUUUAUCUAAUGUGAAGACAAUAGAUGACAUUACGGAGAGUAAAAAGAACAGUCUCUUAGCCUUACUGAAUUGGCCUGUGAGUGUUCAAGCAGCAGUUUGCACAUGGCCUUGUUUUAAUGUUAUAAGAGAUGUGAACCUAAGCGAUGGUCAAUCUAGGAAUUGUGCAGCUUGCAAUAAGAUCGGAAUAGCCGUGAGGGUGCUCAUGUACGGCCAGCCUUACAAUUCAACUACGUUGGAAGGCUGCCAGCCUGAUCCCAAUGCCAUAAGUGAAAAAGACUUCCUCAUGUGUAGGAUAUGUGCUAGUAGGGUUGAACUGAUGAAUAAGGUCAUUCAUCAAAAGUAUUUAAUGUUUAUAGAAUGUGCUAAACGAGUUAGUGAAAAAAGAGCUUUGGACCCUAAUAAAGACACCACAUGUAUUUUGAACGAAUUGUUAGCGGAUGAAAAUUGGCUAAAUCAGUUGUUUUUGGAAGUGAGAACUUGUUGGUCGGAAGUGGACUGUAUAGAACACAGUUAUAAAGUGAAAAAUAAUUCUGUGCAGUGAUAGUUCGAAAAGCGAAAUAUUUUUGAAAUCGAAACAAUAAUUUAAAGUUGAAUAUCAAAAAAUUGUGUAUAUUAAAAAAGAGUUUAUAUAUAAAAUUAUAAAUAUAUAUAUAUAUAUAUUGAUUAAUGAUUAUAAAGAUGCCUAGGUUUAGGAAUACUUUUAGAUUUUUUUAAUAGUACAGUUAAAUUUUGAUUAUGCUGUGCAUUUUUUUUUUGUUUAUAAGAAUGUGCUCUGUAUAUUUUUUUUAUAUAUAUGAACAAUCAAAAAGUGAUAUUGUUUAUUCCUAAUUCAGCAUUGGUUAAUUUAAGAGCACGAGACACUCAUUAAAAUAAAUCGAUAUUUCGGUUGUCUUUUUCUCAACCUGCAUUAUAUACAUAUUGAUUUUUUGUUGAUUUGAAUCGCUUCCUUGAUUUCGAUGAAUGUCUGUUGAACAGUUUCUGUUAUGAGAUUAAUUGGUAACAAAUUAUUAAAUAUUUUUAAUAAUUACAAGUACUUUUGUUAUUUGAGUACCAUUAGAAUUGUUUGAAAUUGAGUAAUAAAUAUAUCGAAUUUA